AUGAAUGUUCAGAAGAUCGAGUCACCGUUGAACAACAAGAAUCUGCUCUAUGUGGGCUUCAAUCAGGACCAGGGCUGCUUCGCCUGUGGCCUGCAGAAUGGCUUUCGCGUCUUCAACUCGGAUCCGCUGAAGGAGACGGAGAAGCAAGACUUUACCAAUGGCGGCAUUGGCUUCGUUGAGAUGCUGUUCAGAUGUAACUACCUGGCGUUGAUUGGUGGCGGCAACAAGCCAUGCUUCCCUACCAAAAAAGUGAUGGUCUGGGAUGAUCUGAAGAAGAAGCAUGUCAUUGAGUUGGAGUUUUCCUCUGACGUGAAAGCUGUCAAAAUGCGGAGAGACAGAAUUGUCGCCGUUUUGGAGACCAUGGUCAAGAUAUACACCUUCACCCACGUUCCCCAGCAGUUGAGCGUCUUUGAGACGUGCUCCAACCCCAAAGGCCUCUGUGUUCUCUGUCCAAACAGCACCAACUCCUGUCUCGCUUUUCCCUCUCGCAAAGUAGGCCACGUGCAGAUCAUUGACCUGGCCCAUCUCGACAAAGAGCCACUGGACGUGAUGGCACACGACUCCGGACUGAGCUGUCUGGCGCUGAAUCUCUCAGGCACUCGACUGGCGACCGCCUCUGAAAAGGGCACGCUGAUUCGCAUCUUUGACACCUCUAAUGGACAACUUCUAAAUGAGCUCAGACGAGGCGCCAACGCCGCCAAUAUUUACUGUAUCAACUUCAACCAGGACUCUUCCCUUCUCUGCGUCUCCAGCGACCACGGAACGGUGCACAUCUUUGCGGUGGACGACCCAAAGAGAAAUAAGCAAUCAAAUUUAGCAUCAGCGUCCUUCAUUUCGAAAUACUUUAGCUCCAAGUGGAGCUUUACGCGCUUUCAAGUGCCCGUUGGUGCGCAGUGCAUUUGUGCCUUUGGCGCCGAGCCUGACUCUGUCAUUGCAAUUUGCGCCGACGGUAGCUACUACAAGUUUAAAAUAAGCCCCAAAGGAGAAUGUCAACGUGAUGUGUACGCCCAAUUUCUGGACUCGAUCGAAGACUGA